AUGGCCAGCACAUUAAGCCCCAGCACCACGACUGGGACCCCAGACCCUCCUGAGAUGUCAGAACGCAUCCGAAAUGCUGCUGAUAUCUCCGUCAUUGUGAUCUAUUUUCUGGUGGUGAUGGUCGUUGGGCUGUGGGCGAUGCUGAAGACCAACCGGGGCACUGUCGGAGGCUUCUUUCUAGCUGAUCGAGAUAUGGCCUGGUGGUCGAUGGGCGCCUCUCUCUUCGCCAGUAACAUCGGCAGCGGCCACUUUGUGGGGCUGGCUGGGACUGGAGCGGCUUCAGGAAUUGCCAUUGCAGCGUUUGAAUGGAAUGCUCUGCUGCUGUUGCUGGUUCUAGGGUGGUUCUUUGUCCCCAUAUACAUCAAGGCGGGGGUGAUGACCAUGCCGGAAUAUCUCAGGAAGCGGUUUGGUGGGAAGCGACUCCAGGUCUACCUUUCUGUCCUCUCCCUCUUCAUCUGUGUGAUUUUGAGAAUCUCAUCAGACAUAUUUUCUGGAGCCAUAUUCAUCAAAUUGUCCCUGGGGUUAGACCUUUACCUGGCGAUCAUCAGCCUCUUGGCUAUCACUGCUAUCUACACGAUCACUGGGGGCUUGGCCUCAGUUAUUUACACAGAUACCUUGCAGACCAUCAUCAUGCUGAUAGGUUCUUUUAUCCUCAUGGGGUUCGCAUUUGCCGAAGUCGGAGGCUAUGAGAGUUUUGCAGAGAAGUACAUGAAUGCUAUCCCAUCCAUAGUCGAUGGGGACAACCUGACGAUUAGCUCCAGGUGCUACACUCCUCAGGAAGACUCAUUCCACAUUUUCCAAGAUGCUGUCACUGGGGAUAUUCCAUGGCCAGGAAUGAUAUUUGGAAUGACCAUCGUAGCUAUGUGGUACUGGUGCACAGAUCAGAUUAUUGUGCAGCGCUGCCUAUCAGGCAAGAACAUGUCUCACGUGAAGGCUGCCUGCAUCAUGUGUGGGUAUCUAAAGCUACUGCCCAUGUUCCUCAUGGUGAUGCCAGGAAUGAUCAGCCGCAUCCUGUACACAGAGAAAGUGGCCUGUGUCGUACCUUCUGAAUGUGUGAAACACUGUGGCAUUAAAGUUGGCUGUACUAACUAUGCCUACCCAAUGCUGGUAAUGGAACUGAUGCCUAAUGGACUGAGAGGCCUGAUGCUGUCAGUCAUGUUGGCCUCUCUCAUGAGCUCCCUGACCUCCAUCUUCAACAGCGCCAGCACCCUCUUCACCAUGGACCUCUACACCAAGAUUAGAAAGCAGGCAUCAGAGAAAGAGCUCCUUAUAGCUGGACGGCUAUUUAUCAUUCUAUUAAUUGUCAUCAGCAUUUUGUGGGUCCCAUUAGUACAGGUAUCUCAAAAUGGACAACUGUUCCAUUACAUAGAAGCAAUUUCUAGCUAUCUUGGGCCUCCAAUUGCAGCUGUCUUUCUGCUUGCCAUCUUCUGUAAAAGAGUCAAUGAACAAGGAGCCUUCUGGGGUCUAAUCAUUGGGCUUGUGAUGGGCCUCACUCGUAUGAUUGCAGAGUUUGUCUAUGGAACGGAGAGUUGCUUGGCUGCCAGUGACUGUCCCCAAAUCAUCUGUGGAGUGCAUUAUCUGUACUUUGCCAUUAUUCUCUUUCUUGUUUCCAUACUGGUCAUCCUGGGAGUUUCCCUGUUAACAAAGCCCAUUCCUGAUAUACAUCUGCAUCGCCUGUGCUGGGCUCUUCGGAACAGUACAAAGGAACGAAUCGAUUUAGAUGCAGAUGAGAAAAGACAUGAAGAAGCUGAUGAUGAUGUUGACGAAGAUAAUCCUGAAGAAACUCAUGGAUGUCUCAGGAGGGCUUAUGACUUAUUCUGUGGUUUGCAGAAUAAGGGCCCCAAGCUGAGUAAAGAGGAGAAAGAAGCCCAGGAGAAGAAACUGACAGACACAUCUGAGAAGCCCUUAUGGAGGUCUAUAGUGAAUGUCAAUGCCAUCCUCCUCCUAAUAGUGGCAGUCUUCAUCCAUGGCUAUUUUGCCUGA